GAAAACCAGAUAUUUCAUCUCCGUUCCACCAAAAAGACAUGUCGGAAGAUCCAGCUAUAGAUGCAUUUCCACCAACUACGAUAGUCCUUGCUAAAGUUAAAGGGUACCCUGCUUGGCCAGCCAUGGUCCUUGAUGAAACAAUCUUGCCUGAACAUAUCCUAGCCAAGAAACCCAAAACCAAAUCAACAGCAACAGCAGCAGCCAGUGCUAGUUCAUCACCAAAAAAGAAGACCAACCUGAGUCCAACGCGGAUCCUUCCAGUUCGAUUCUUUAGUGACGACACCUAUAUAUGGAUAAACAGUCAUGACGUCAAGUUAUUAUCUCGUGAAUCCAUCGAAGAGUAUUUUUCAUCUAGUAGUAAGAAAAGAAGAAAGGACAACUUAUUAGAGACUGCGUAUCAAUUGGCCAAUGACCCUCCUGAUAUGGAAUUGUUUAUUAAAUACGGAUCUAGAGCUGCUCCGCCUGAUGAAGAGGAGCAAGUUGAAGAAGUAGUGGAGAAACCACCCCGGAAAAAAUCCAGUGCAAAGCCCAAGGCUAAGGCAGCCCCAAAGGCUAAAGUAAAACCAGGCCCAAAGCCUAAGGAAACUGCAAAGAAACAAGAUCCUAAGAAAUUGGCCGCGGAAAAGAAAAAACAAGAGGAAAAGAAACACAUGGCAGAAUAUGAUUCCGAUUGGGGAUUGGACGAAUUGAAUGUGUAUGAUCCAACUACAGGUGAUUAUAUCUUUGACACUGAAGAAAAGCAGGAAUCAUUUUUUGACCAAAUACCUGAUGCAACUACUAUCCAGAAUGAUCUCAAUAAAAUAACCAAUAAGUUCACAAAAAUCGAAGAUAAACUAGUAGACUUGUUGUUACUGGAAGAAACAAUCAAGGAGGAUGCAAUUAUUGACCAAUUGUCAUUACUAGAAAACAUGCUCAAACAGCUUCCAAAGACUGUUAUCACAAGGAGUAAACUCUUGCGAGUGUUGAUUCUAACUAAACGUAAACCAGAAGAAAGCUUCAACUAUGAACAAAUCAAACUGAAAAUUGAUCGAGUAUUGAAGAAAUUGGAGUUGGAAGUUAGAGAAAACACUGAAUCUGAAUUAAAUCCUGAAAGUAAAUUAGGAACUCCAGAUAUCAAGGAUGAACCAGAGGUUAUAGAAAUAAAAGAUAACGUUGCGAACGGUACUGUAUAGAUUAUGUGUAUUAGUUUAAUUUAAUUUUGUAUAGUAUAUGUAUGAUUAGGAAUGUUUUAUCAAGAUUUCGCAGCAAAAUCCAGAAAAUGUAUCAAAUUAAGUCAAAGUAUGACGCGUGAAUUAAUACAAAUGAUGCAUACAAUAAAUGAUUUCUUACAACAGUCACUACAUUCUACAAUAGCAUCACCACAACAACUACCUAAUAGAGGAACUACUACACGUGUUUCUAAUGUCGAGCAAGCUCUAAAGGUAUACGCUGUAUAAUUGGGCCCAGUUUGCUUGUUUGUGUAAAUUUGAUCACACGUAAGUACAUUUUAUACCAAGAACUUUAAAAAAGUCUCGCCGCAUUAUUUCCGAAAAAGGUCAUGCGCCUAGGGGAAAAAUAGGGGGGUUGGGAAAGCAUGUAGGCAGAACAAAAAAAAAAACUGGGCGAUUUAUUGUCGGCCCAUUACUAGAAUAGUCAAUUUUUUGUUUAAUUAGUAUUAACCAACUGGAAAUUAAAAUUAACCUCAGGAAAACACGAACGUUUACUGUAGUUGU